AUGGAUGACGUACUGAGUGAUUGGGAUUCAGAGAAGGACGGUAAAAAGGAUAAAACAAAACUGAGUGAAGAUCAAGGUGAACUCUCAAAAGCAACAACAAAUCUUGAAGAGCCGGAUGAAAAUAAGGAGACAGGUGCAUCGAAGAUGACAGGCGCUGAAACAGAUGGUGAAAGAAUCACGGCGGCAUCGACUGAUAAAAAAGGUACCGAGGAAAAGCAUGAAAAUGAGGAAAACGACGGGGAUAAGAAGGACAAGGAAGGGAAAGAUGUGGACAAAAAAGGAAAGGAAACCAAGGAAGGAGAUAAAGAAAAGAAAGUUGAUAGCAAGAAGGAAGGCGCAAAGGAUAAGAGUAAAGAUGACCGCAAAAAUGAUAAGGAUAAAAAGGAAUCAAAGAGAGGAACUGAUAAAGGAAAGGAAGGCGUCGACGAUACGAAGCAAAUGACAAAAAAAUGCUCGACAAAUGAAAAAGUUGCUCCAUCGGCGACUGCAAUUGAAAAAGAUGAUGAAAAUAAACGAAAAAGUGAUAAAAACAAGAUGAUACCAUCAGAAAAUCAUCCCGCUGAUAAUGACAACAGUAAAAGUGGUGAAAAUUGGCAGAAAAACCUCGAUGUUACAGAGAAAGGAACAAAUGUUAGCGUUGUAUACUUGAAUGGCUUCGUAGUACAUAAGAAGGAGCAACUUACAUGA